AACUCUGUUUUUUCAUUCCAAGAGGGAACAAUGAAAAUGAAAGCUGGUGGCUAUUCCUUCUCGUUCAAGAGACUAAGUAAGAAGGCAGUCGCCGGAACUGUUGGUUCUGAAGUAGGUACUCAUGCCGGAGAUCAUCAUGAUUCCUUAACUCAGCCGCCACUGCCGCCGCAUCCGCAGUCGUCGUUACGGUGGCGAUUCAAAAAUCUGUCUUCUGGAUUGAGGUGGAAGAGUAAAAGGCUUUACAAAUUGCGAUACUGGUUCGUUGAUUGCUUCCUCUUCAAAAUUGUUUCUGUAUUUGAAGCCAUUUUUCUCGUCUCUGCUUUGGCUUUCUUCUACCUCUGCUUCGGCUGCCAUAUCUAGAUUCUUCCAUAAUUCAAAAAUUAGCCUACAUAACAGUGGAAUUCUGAAGAAAUGUUGAAAUUAGAUUUAUUUUGUUGAGGUUUUUGUAAUGAUUAAUCGUAUAGAGAAAGUUAGUGGACUAAUUUGCGUUACUAACUUAGAGAUUCUUUUGUAAUGUAAUCUUAAUUAAUUAAGUAUUAUUCUUUACUUCAA